CUAAACCGUUUUAUGGACUCGUUUUUACCCGCUCGCAAGGACAAUAAGCCUACUUUCUAGUGAAGUAAUUUACUGCACCAUUUGAUGCGUGGGUGUUUAUUCAUUCGUACUUGCUCCGCAAUUUUUGGCUACAACUACCUGAUAAAGACUAGUUUGUACACAGAGUGCUUCUUAUCCUUAGCUGCUGUGCAGAAAUGUGGCGCGGACUUUCACUGCUGAUUUUCUGCUGUGCUGUAAGAAGCCUGGCGGUGGACGGAAGCAUUCGGGAGAAGAUGCUGCUAGCUGAAACCGACGAGCUGAGGCCGAUUAAAGAUGCCAACUCCACAAGCAAAGCAGAGGGUAGUCACCAGUUCCCGGAGAAAGCCACUCAGGGGAGAGUUCCACAGUUCCAACCCACCGUCGAGCCUCUGGAGGACGAGCUGGAAAACCAAGAGAAUAUAAUAAGCCAGUUGCUGGGAGAUUAUGACAAAGUAAAAACAGUGUCUUCAGGGUCCGACUGUGUGUGUCGCUGUGUUGUUCGACCAAUCAAGCGAUCCGACUGCAGCCAUGUCCAUGAAAGUGACCUAAAAUCACCAUCUCAGGAUUUUUACACUGUAGAGACAAUUACCAAAGGAACAGACUGCAAGAAGUGUGUGUGCAUGGCUCCACCUUCCGCUGUCAAUCCCUGCGAGGGAGAGUACAGGUUUAAAAAACUACAGGAAGCGAGCAAAGAUGACAUCAAGCUGGCAACUAUCAUUGACUUGUUGGAAGUCUCUCUGUAUGGAAUGGACUUGUUAAAGCUCCAUUCUGUUACCACCAAGCUACUGACCAGGGUGGACAACAUAGAGAAGGCAUUCACACAAAAUUUGACUGAAAGAAUGAGAGAGAAAGAACGUGUAAAGGAAAGAGCGAGGGAAAAGGAUAAAGAAAAAAAGAUCCAGCCGAAAAAAAAGAAACUGAAUGAUGAGCGCUCAAGAGUUAAAAGUGGAGCAGCUCCCUACGCCCACAAGCAGAAGAAUUAUGACAGCCAGCUGAAGACAAACCACCAGCAAGAUGGUGUGGAGGAACAGAACCCAAUCAGGAAUCAGACAGAAACACGAAAGACGAUCAAAGAGAAGACAGAGCCAAAGCAGCAAAUGAAAGACAAAAACACUGUUGUCAUCAGGGGUGUGACCUUUUACAAGGCAGAGGAAGAGAGCUACAAGGAGGAUAAGAAAGGCAAAGCACAGAACACUUCUGUAACCACAAAAUCAUCAGUGGAUUUGCAGGUGUCUGAGCAGCUGCCACCUAACAGGCCUUCAAAAACUACCAUAAAGCCAGACCCCAAAGACAUACCUUUGACCAGUUCUUCACCAUCCCAUCCACCAACAGCUCCCCCAUCUACCAGCCAACAAACCAUAACUGCAACCCAACCAGUUCGCUCCUCCACAACAACUCCAAAGCCAACGGCAACUACCCAAAAAUCCUUAACUACCAGAACUGCUAUUCACCCCACUGCGCCUGUCAGCCAGUAUACCACUUCACCCUCAGACACCAAUAUCACUCCACCUAUUGGUGCAGCUCCCACCUCAGCGCCUCAUUCAAGAACCAAAAGCCGCCUCAGCUGGACAGAGAGCCCCGCUGACCAACCAAUGGUUACCAAAAAGCCAGGAGUGUGUAAGGACACAGUAGCCAGCAUCUCUGAACCGGUCCAGAAAAAUACUUAUGGCCUUAGUGAUGGAGCCUGGAUGAGAGAUGCUCGUGGUCAUGGGAACGUCAUCUACCUCACUAGUGGUCACUAUGGCAACAACCUACUGGAGUUCCGAGACAUGGACACCUUCAAAUUAGGUCAGACAAGUAAUUCAUACAAGCUACCUUACAGUUUCACUGGAACAGGCCAUGUUGUGUUUAAUGGAGCUUUCUACUAUAAUCGAGCCUUCAGCAGGGACGUUAUCAGAUAUGACCUGAGGCACAGAUAUGUGGCUGCGUGGACCACACUGCACGAUGCUUUACUGGAGGAGCAAAUUCACAAGACACAGACUGAAGUUGAGUUUGCGGUAGAUGAGUCCGGCCUGUGGCUGCUUUACCCUGCUUUGGACACAGAGGGCUUCCACCAGGAAGUUAUCCUGCUAAUCCACCUCCACCCUCGAGACCUUCAGCCAAUACAGACCUUUCGCACAGGUCUCAGAAGAGGUCGUUACGGUAACAGCUUCUUGGUAUGUGGUGUGCUUUAUGCAGUGGAUAGUAUGGAGCGUCGCUAUGCAAACGUGACCUACGCAUUUGACACUCACACGCUUACGCACACAGUGCCAAGCCUGGCAUUCACAAACAUGCAUGCACAUAACUCCCAGCUGGCUUAUUGUCCACUGGACAAGAAACUGUACUCAUGGGAUAAUGGUCAUCAGAUGAUGUAUGAUGUCAUUUUUGCUUAUUUAGAAUAAUGGGCAGAUGGUUAGAUGAAUAUUUGGCAAUUUAGUUUGUCCAGUGAGUCAAAACAAAGCCGAGGAUGGAAGAAAUACGAAAACUGAACAGAUAUUCCGUCUGUGUUUUGUUUCGAAAAGACUGUGGAUAAAUUAAACACUGUGUGGUCACUGGGUUGCUGCUCUGAUGUGCACGCACUUAAGUCAGUAACUGUCGGACACAGCACUUGCAGACAAGAAAAGCAGAAUUGUAUUGUAUCUUGGGUGACAUGAAGAAGAAGAUACUUUUUCCUGGCAGCAGUGUUUCAAACAAUCCAUACUAGUUCAAUUGUUUUCUUAUUUCACUGUCAUGAACUGUAACAUUUAACAUACUAAUUAGGACUUGUAGAUUCUGAGAUGUAGCUCUUUGGUUGCAAUUUCUCUGAGCACUGUAUGAUCUGACCUUAGGGGGAAUUGCUGGGAUGUUAACUCCUGGGACAAUUGGCAAAUGUCUUGAAUAUUUUCCACAUCAAUAAUCUUUCUCACCGUAGAGUGACUUCAUUUUGUUUGGAAAUGGUCUUAUAACCUUUUCCGGGCAAAAUGAUUUAUCAAAAGCAACAAUUGUUUUGGUUAUAGUGGAUGUGGAAACAGUAAGGGACUGUAAGUUGGGCAGAGGUUUAUAUUUACUCAUAAUGACCAUGAAUGUUAUGGUAAUUUGGGGCCUUUCAAGAUGUCUUUGAACUGCUCUUUUUACAGAGUGGAAUGAUUGUACAACAUACAUCUUUAAUGACUUAAAAGAGACAAAAAACAAGAAAUAGGUCAACAAGUUUAAAUUUAUUUUGAACUUUCUUUAAUCUACACAGAGUCAAAAUUACACAAAUCAGCCUCAAAUACAGCAAAUACAGUUUUUCAAAUUCUUUGCUUAAUAAAAGCAGAUUUGCAUAUGAUAUGCCCCAUGUAACCAGUAUAACCAGUGGGGGCUUUUUUUUCAGAUUUUGUAUUGAAGUAAUUGCCUGUUACUUUCUUUGUGAUAAAAUUUUUUAUUGUUUGUCCUUUUAAUGUAUUUCCCAUUGUUGAUAGAAGUGGUAAAAUAAUUUUUAACUUGUCUGGGUAUUUUUUUUUUACAACCAAAAUAGGACAAGGGCAAGAAUUUUGACUGCUUAACUAGGAGUUUGUACAUUUAUAAUAAAACGAUUCAAAUGUUUUUCAGUGUCAUUGACUUUUCUCCUUCUCUGUGUGCCUCUGUAUCCUGUUGUGGGCAUUAUUUGUGAGGUAUGAUUAAAUUUUCCUGGAAGCAGCAGAGCCACUGGAAGGAACACAGGAUGGAAAAUAAACCCUGGACCAGAUGCUGUUGAACUUCAAACUGGAAAUGCUCAGGACACACAUCAGACCUGCUACAUGUUAGAGAAACACACAUGGGUACAAACAGGGUGAUGCACUGCUCACUGCCGCUGUUUCAGCCAGCUCUUUAUCUCUGCUCUACAGUCUUACCAGCUGAAAAAAAGUAUGUGUGUGCACAGCAAAGUUGUAACAAGAAAGAAAUGAAAUUUAGAAAAAAAAAUUGUUUGAAAAACGUUAAAGAUAAGUGAAUGACAUUAAGUCCAAGCUGAUUUCAAAUGCAUAAAUUCUGAGCAGGAAUAUUCCACUAAAACUCAGUGGAACAUCAGUGGAGAUGACAUCAAAAGUUAUAUAACCAUCAUGUUGAUGUGGUGGUGGAGUGUGUGUGGUAAGUGACCACUGAGCAGGAUGCAGAAGAAAGACGCCCAUACACAUACACUACAGACUUGCCAAACUGAGUGAAUGCGUUAGUGUGUGUGUGUUCUGUACCACUUUGAAUGACUUGUUCUAAACGCCUGAAAGCAAGGAGACCACACAAAUAGACACACACUCACAGUAG